UUUUAUUUCUCAUCAUCAUCAUAAAUGAUGACGUGCUGUUGUGAGUAAAUAAAUACUCGAUAGAUACUUAGUAGAUUCAAAGUUUUUUAAAUAUGGUACAGUGUAGUAUCGCGCGUUGUGAUCAAGCAUAGUCGAGCGGUUCAAAAAGUUUAUAGCUGUUCGUAACGAUUUCGUGCAUAGCAGUAUUGCAGAGUAACAGACGUAUAGAUAUUGUAGGGAAAACUUUCAUUCCUCUACAUGAUCCAAUUACAUGAUCCAAUAUGAUCCAUUUCCUCGGGGAUUUUUCACCUUGCAGCUACAACCCGCCACUUCACUAUGAAAUGCCUUAUAUGAACUAUAGAUAUUCUAAAGCCAGCAAACUAUAAAUGUACGGUAAAACUUUAAUAUUAUUUAUUUGUAAUCCAACGAGUUUUUGUACGCGACGAUGGGGCAUUGCAUCGCUCCCUGUGUUAAUCGCCUUAUUCAAUUUAUGCGAGAAAAAAACAGCAAUGACAUUAAUAGCACAACUGUGGUUAUAAUAACAAACAGUUCUGAACUUGUAUGUAUAGAUUUAUUCAGUGCGUCAUACAACGUAGGAGUGUCUAUAUAGUAAAAAUGCAAAACGAAAAUAAAUGUUUAAUAGAAGUCAAUCCUAAUGCCAAACAAAUUAUAAGGGUAUUGUUUGGGUUAGACCAACCAGGAAGACUAGAAGAGGCAAUCACUGUUUUAGAAGAAUGGAUUAAGAAACAAGAUCAUUUUGUUAAAAAGGAUUUUAGCAAAGACUUUUUAGAAAGAUUGAUAAUUAUAAACAAGGGUUUGCUCGAACGAACAAAAAAGAAACUUGACAAAAUUUGUACUCUACGAACGUUGAUGCCUGAGUUUUUUGGAGCUUACAACAUAAAGAAAGAUUUUAAUGACGUGAAUUUAAUAGUUGAUGCCAUUAUGCCUAAAACUACAUCAGAUUUCUACAGAAUAUAUUUUAUGAAAAACAAUAACUGUACAUCGCCCUCUUUUCUGAACUACUACAGAAGACUUGUUUUUUAUUUGGAGUAUAUGCUGCAAUAUGAUUACAGUGUAGGCAUUGUAAUUAUUGUGGAUUAUAUGGAUACCAAUUUAUUAGAACUCAUAAAAACUAUGAGCAUAACAGAGCUACGGCAGGCCACUGUACUAUUCAUGGAAGGAUAUGGCUUGAGAGUAAAAGGAAUACAUUUCUUAACGCCCUCAAAAUUUAUCGAUGGUUUCGUAGCAUUAUGGAAACAAAUACUAAGUGAAAAGGUAGCCAAUCGUUUGCAUGUCCACAAGUCUUUGGAGUCACUUCACGACUCUAUUCCUAAGGAUUUACUUCCAGCUGAAUAUGGGGGUAAAGAAAAGACUCUUGUGGAAAUACAUGAAAAUAUAAUUAACACUUUGAGUGAAAAAAAAUUUAUAAAUUACAUGGAAUCCGUUAUGGAAGCAAGAACCGACGAGAGUCGCAGAGCACCUGAUAAAUUCAACGAACAUCAUUUGGGAAUGCCGGGGUCUUUUCGAUCAUUGGUUGUAGAUUAAAAUUUACUUGCAUGCAUAUAACUUAAUAUAAUAUAGGUAAAAUAUGUAAUAAUAUAAAAAAAUAAUAAUAAUGAAAAUAAUAAUAUUAUAUUACUAUGAAUCCAUUGUAAUGUAUAAAACGGAAGUGUUUAUUUGAACGCCCUAAUCUCUGGAACUACUAGUAGAUUUGAAAAGAUCAUUUUGUAUUUGAUAACUUAUUUUUUAAAGGUUAUAAACUAUUCAACAUUACAAUAGGACCACGGGCGAAGUGGAAAGAUAUAGGUAGUAUUAUACAUUUAGUUAAUUAUUUCAAUCUUCCUUUAAAUUCUCUUUCUUUUAAACUUAAACUUUUGACAAUCAAAUUCCAGAGAUAUUGAUUUUAUUUGAGGUCAAAUUCGAUAGUAUUUGAAUCUGCAUCUCUCAACUAU